AUGUCGGCUUCUGAGUUUGCGGGCUCGACCCCCACCUCCAAACCGCGGCGGAGCGUCGCCAACUACACGGAGCCGCCCAAGAAGAAUUCGUACCUCGUAAAGCUCUCGCGCUUUUACAGUACAAAGAUACCGAUGGGUAUUCGUGAGUUUGUCAUCGCCGGUCCUCUGCUUCUUGCGGCACUUGGCAUCGCCUACUUCACCCCCUCUCUCAUUCCAGCUGAGCAGUUCACGCAGGGGCUGACUCCGCACACGCAAGACAUGCACGAAUAUACGCUAGAGCCCAUCUACGAUGCUCACGGUGGGCUGAGGGGCUACCGUCGCAUCAACACCAAGAGGACCUCGGAGGAGUGUGUGGGCGCGAAGUCAGCCAUCUCGUGA